CCUACUGUACCGUACCCAGCAUUGAGAUCUUCCAACUUUGAGCUCUGUGAACUUCAUAUGCUACUGAUAAUGGUCGGUAACGUUACUAUUCGGCCUGCUCAGCGCGCCGACAUUCCUACGCUGGCUCAUAUCGCUAAUGCUGCAAACGCAAAAUCGAUUCUCCACAGACGCAUAGCACCAUAUCAGGUCCAGUACCCAAUAGACUACUAUCAGUGGCGGCUCAAGAUCAUCCGUGAGCGUUUCGCACAGCCAGAUCUCCGCACUAUCGUCGCUGAAGACCCGUCCACCGGGGAAAUUCUUGGCUCGGGAGCCUGGCUUGUAGAAGGCUCAGAUACAGCACUGUACAAGAGGUGGGUCGGCGAAAGCACAUGGGCGAAUUGGUUGGAAAGUAGAUUGGUCUGGGUCGAGCGGAAAUGGUGUCGCUACAUCACAGACAGGAGCAUAGACUAUGAGUUUCUAAACAACUUCAUGGCUGCCAUCGUACGCAGUGGUAGAUCUGCGCGACCUGCUUGCCUCCACUGCCAUUUAAUCGUUGUCAAUCCGGCCAUACAAUCUAGAGGCGUGGGCCGUAUGAUUAUCAAUUGGGCUAUGGAGCUGGCUGUGAGGGAAGAUCUCCCGAUAUACCUAGAGGCCAAUCUCGAAGCAACGGGCUUCUAUGAGAAGCUCGGCUUCUCAAAGUUGAGCAAGGACGUGAUCGUGCAUGCGACUGGACAAGGAACCUUCCACAUACCAGCGUAUGUCUGGGAAGGUGAGGACCGGAAGGGGCGCUGGCUAGAACGAGACGCUAGCUUCGAUGGCACAGAGGAAAGAUGGAACUGGAAGGACGAUGUGCUGUCGAAGUAGAUUUCCCGCCGAUUCGUUCCAAGCUUUUUCAGAGUUUAAUACCCCAUUCAAUAGUAAUCAAAAGCCAUCAUAACUCGACAGUAUGGUGACAUCGAAUAUUGAGAGAGACUAAGACCAGACCAGCCUAGAAGAUCUCAGUCAGUUCAUGCCUGCGCCAAAUACUGUAGGAUUAGAGGACAUUUAUGUCUAUGAAUUACUCAUGUAGAGUUCCCUAUUGGAUGACGG